AUGAAGCCUCUGAAGCUGUUCUGCAUAGGACUGCACUUGUGUCCUCUGGUUUGUCUGUUGUUAGAGACAGCUCCUCCUCCUUCAGCUUUACUUACCUUUGAAGUGAAAGAAAAAACAGGAUUGAAAUCAGAUGCAAUGGGUGUAUUUGCUAUUAGGAAGAAUACUUCUGACAUCGAAAGACAAGAGACUCAAGUCUCAGGACUCCAGAGGCCACGGAUGACCAAGUUUAAAAAUCACCUGUCAGAUUUCUUCAAGAGCUCCAUCCCUCCAGCAGCUAUUUUUGCUCUUUUUGUCACCAUAGCACUAAUGAAGGCAGCCAUAGUGAAUAAAAGACUUGAAGAGCCUCAUAGACAAUGGACAAUUGACCAGAGAAGUUCUCUUGAAAUGCAGAAUAUGAGGUCUGCCUAGUAGGAUUCCAGAAUUUUCUCCCUUUGUGUCUCUUGUUGUCCCCCUUUCAAAAUGGGAAUGUUUACAAUGGUUACCAUUUUCUGAGCUAUCAUUAUUAGAGGGUAUGGUGAUUGGGGUCGAUAACUUGGUUUUAGUUCAUAGAUUACUUAACAAAGCAGGAACAUUCCAAGACUAGAAAAAUCAAGGACUACCCAGAUACUCUGGACUUUGAACUGAACAAAGAUGUAGAAAUUGUAAUUUUGUGAAAAGGGUAUGCUAUAGGUUAGGU